AUGAGCGGAGACCUUCGUCCUGAGACCGAUGGCGACGCGAGUGCCGACGCGGUUUCUCGCCUCCUGGGCACCAACACGACGCUGGGAAUCAUUGCGGGACUGACGUUAGCGGCAACAACCCACCACCAUAGCGACGAAGCCGACACUCCGGUUGCCCCGACGACGCCCAUUGUGGAAACCGCUGGGCGAUCGCGGCGGAAAAGUCUGAUCGGAGUUCUUGGAGCGGGAACCACCUCGUUCGCUGCCUCAAGUCCGGCCAAGAAACCCCCGGGGUCUCACCCGGCCGUGUUUUCCGUGCAAGCGCCUCGAGAGACCAUCGAGAGACUCCAGAACCAGAACAAGCUGCUCAAGCAGGAGCUGUCCAUCGAGGCGAGGGCGGCUCGAGAAAUGCUCGGCCAGGAGAAGCGCACUCGCGUCGAGCAGCUCCGAUCCACCCUCGCCGUGUUUGCGCGGAAGCUGGCCAAGACCCAACGCCAAGUCGAGCGAACGGAGCAGGUCAUGGCCCGAAAGACGCAAGAGCUUGCGGCUCUGAGACUCGCGCUGCAGCCCAUUCCUGCUCAUGAAGUAGCGGCUGCAAUUGCAGGUGAAGGAGAAGCUGGCACGCCCGGGAAGCCAUUGGCGGUGGCUGCGGCGGCUGCUGCUGCAUCAGGAAAGCUUCGCAUGGCGGAGAAUCGACUGGAACUCGCGCUCGUUCGUAAGAACGAAGUGGACUCAGCAAACAAGCGCUUACUCGCUCGGGUGGAGGCUGCGAGGCGAGAUCGCACGAUCUUCGACGGAAUCUACAAGAAGCUGGAGCGCGAGGCCAGCGUGUCCAAGUCGCGCCACGAACAAGCAAAAGCUGACUUGGCUCGAGCAACGCAAGCUCGUGACGCUCUGGCACGUGAAGUCGCACAGCUGCAGGAUGCCGCCGAGCGCGAGCAGUUCGAGUACGAGCACCAGUUCCAAGAACUGAAACACAGUAUCGCCCAUUGGCGGCACGAGACGGGAGUGCGCAUGGCUGCCAGCGAACUGCAGAGCUCGGGUGUGUCUGAGCUACUUGGAGGACUAGACGCAAGUUCGGAGCAGAACAAAGCGAAGGGUGGCGCUGGCACGUUGACUCGAGUCACGGCGCUGUCAUCUUGGAAAAUCGGAGUGGACCGAGCGUUGACGUCAGUGCCCGACAGUCUGGUAGCCAAGUACGACGAAGCUUUCGCCGCUAUUCGCGAGAGGACAGGGCUGCAGGACGCGUCGGCACUUGCUCACGACUUGUUAGCUCGCGAUGCAGCAAAUUUCCAGCGCUUCAAGCGCGUCGAGGAGCUGAGUCGAGAGGAAGUGGCACUUCAAACCCAAGUGGCAGCACUUACCUCCCAAAUUGAGGCCUUCAAGGCCCGUGAAGGCAUCGCAAGUCGCGCCUCGCAGAAGCAGCAGUGCCGUCGAGUCGAAGCAGCUUUACGCGAGACGCAACAGGCAUGUGACGAACUGGACGCUGAAAUAGAAGACCGCGAUGCCGUACUGGGGAGAAUUAAGGCUUCAGUACACUCGGUGCACAACACGCUAGCACACGCCGCCUCUGGGGCUGCCUCAGGUGGCGGCACGACCGGGAAUUCGACAGUACUCAGUCAAGGCAUCACAGACGCCAACGUUAUCGAAUACCUGCAAGCCAUCGAGAUGUACACAACGGAGUUACUGCAGAGCAAAGCAAACAGCGAAUCGAACGAGUCGUCGCCAGCCAAGGCGCGCCUGCCCCAAGCACAAGCAAGCGAGAAUGGAACAUCCCCGUUACCAGUCGGACAUGGCCCUCCGACACUGCCGUCGGAUCCACGCCAAAAACUGCACGUCCACGUGCCAUCCUUCGGUGGCGUUGACGGGAUUAUCGAGCUCCCAGCUCAAGUCCUCCCGCAAGGAGGUUCUUCAGUGAACAAGCAGCAGCAGCAGCAGCGCCGCCGGUUAUCCUCCCGCGAUUCACUGUCGCAGCGUCAGUUUGCGAGCGCACUCGCUACGGCAAACGCAGCACAGCCGUCAAUCUGCGAGGAAACAGCAGCAAGCACAAAGAGAGCUGGCAAUGACAAGCGAAGCGCUCAACAUAGCGACGCUAGCGGAGGUGCAGGUGGGGAGGAAGACGAGGAAGAUGAGCGCGCGCUCACAUACGACGAGCUCAAGCGGUUUGCGGCCAAGAACACGAAAAGCAAGCGGCGUGGCACCAAUACGUCGUCGAAGAUGCAUCACUGA